AUGCUCACAACAUCCGCAUCAACCUCAUCACCACCAUCACCAACCACAUCGAUCAUGGCACCCAAAACCACCCCACCACCCCCCAGCGCCGUCGUCAGUGUCACCACCACCUCCACCCAAACCAUCACCUGCGCCACCGCCACCUCCCUCACCAAGCUCCCCUCGCCCAUGCGCCUCGGCGCCCUCGACCACCAAGUCCCCCCGGUCGUCCCCAUCGCCGUCGUCUUCAUCUACGCCGCCAGCUCCGCCUCCGCCUCCUCCUCCUCCUCCUCAUCCUCCGAUUCCCCCAGCACCGCUUCCGGCCUCCCUCUCCCCCUCUCCACCCUCCGCACCGCCCUCCCCCACCUCCUCGACCACUACCCCCACCUAACCGGGCGCCUGCACAUCGACCCCUCCACCGGCGCGCGCAGCAUCGACCGCCUCGGGCAGGGCAUACACCUCCACGUCGCCGAAUGCGCCGCGCCGCUAUCCUCGCUCGCAGCGUCAUCAUCAUCAUCAUCAUCAUCAUCAUCAUCAUCAUCAUCAUCAUCGGGGAGCGACGGCCAGACGGCGACGCCCGCGCUGCUCACGCUAUCAGACCUGCCAAACGGCGGCACCGCGCUGCUGGCGCCGUACGACGACGACGCGGCGACGAAGACGACGGUCGAAGACGUGUGCGGCGACGCGACGCCGGUGGUGUCGGUGCAGCACACGCGGUUCGCGUGCGGGGCCGCGGCGCUGGGGGUGCGCGCGCUGCACGCGGUCGUGGAUUCGGAUGCGUUUUUUCAGGUCGUGCGGGACCUGGCGGGGAUUUGUCGCGGGAUUCGGGCCGGGGGUUCUCUGGUGAGGGGGUUGGAUGGGGUGGUUGGCUCGACGCCGUUGGAGGGGUAUCGCGCGGAUGAGCUGGGGGAGGAGGGCGGGAUGGAUCAGGAGGGGGAGAGGGCGGAGGCGCUGGCGCUGGCAUUUCGGCCGAGGUUUUUUGAGGCGGUGGUGGUGGAGGAGAAGGGUGCGGUGCCGGGACGGGAUGUUGUGGAGAAGAAGAAGGAAGAUGGGACCGCGACGACGAUUCCGCCGGCGCCGCCGGUUGAGGGACGGGUGAUGCGGUUCACCGGCGCACAGCUGGGGGCGUUGAAGGCGGCAGCGGCGGAUGCGGGGGAUGUCGAGAACGGGUGGGUGUCGACGUACGACGCGCUGUCGGCGCUGGUGUGGACGCGGGUGUAUCGGGCGCGGGUGGAGCUGCGGAGGAGGCAGGGAGACGAAGAAGAAGAACUGCCAUCACGCGACUUUCUCACAUCCGUCAACUGCCGCACUCGCCUCGCCCUGCCCGCCCGCUACCCCUUCAACGGCAUCUUCACGCCCUACACGCGCCUCCCGCACUCCGCCCUCACCCAGGCCGACUCCUCCGCCUCCCUGCGUCUGGCCGCGCGCACGAUUCACGCGCUGACCCGCAGCGUGGACGCGGACGAGGCGCGGGCGACGGCGCGCUGGAUGGCCGCGGUGCCGGACAAGCGCAGCAUGGUGUGGGGCUUCAACGGGGGUUACGGCAGCACCAUGAUCAGCGCGUGGAACAAGUUUGACGUGUACGCCGGUACCGAGUUCGAAGACGGCAGGCCGCCGGUGCUGGUGGCGCCACCGUUUACGCCCAUCUCGUUGGUGGAUGGGCUGGGGUAUUACUUGCCGACCGAAGCGCAGGACGGCGGGAUCGAUUUGUAUUUGGCCUUGAGUGCGCCGGUUUGGGGCGUGUUGGAGGAGGAUGAGGUGUGGGCGAGAUUUCGGGGGUAG